AUACAAUAAAACAACAGAAGCACCAGAAACAAGUCUUGACGCUCUCUGUCAGGAAGGAUGGCAAACAGUGCCUCUCCCGAACAGAAUCAAAACCACUGCUCAGCCAUCAACAGCAGCAUCCCACUGACACAGGACAACCUCCCCACCCUGACCUUAUCGGGAAAAAUCCGUGUGACAGUUACUUUCUUCCUUUUUCUACUCUCCACAACUUUCAAUGCUUCUUUCUUGUGGAAACUUCAGAAGUGGACUCAGGGAAAAGAAAAAGGGAAAAAACUCUCAAGGAUGAAAAUGCUUUUAAAACAUUUGACCUUAGCCAACCUGUUGGAGACCCUAAUUGUCAUGCCACUGGAUGGAAUGUGGAACAUUACUGUGCAGUGGUAUGCCGGAGAGCUCCUCUGCAAAGUCCUCAGCUACCUGAAGCUUUUCUCCAUGUAUGCCCCAGCCUUCAUGAUGGUAGUGAUCAGCCUGGACCGCUCCCUGGCCAUUACGAGGCCUCUCACUAUGAAAAGCAACAGCAAGCUCGGACAGUUCAUGACUGGCUUGGCCUGGCUCCUCAGUAGCAUCUUUGCUGGACCACAGUUAUAUAUCUUCAGGAUGAUCCAUUUAGCAGACAGCUCUGGACAGACAGACGGUUUCUCUCAAUGUGUAACACACUGCAGUUUUCCACAAUGGUGGCAUGAAGCCUUUUAUAACUUUUUCACCUUCAGCUGCCUCUUCAUCAUCCCUCUUCUCAUCAUGUUGGUCUGCAAUGCAAAAAUCAUCUUCACCCUGACAAGCGUCCUUCAUCAGGAUCCCCACAGACUACAACUGAAUCAAUCCAAGAACAAUGUACCACGAGCUCGGCUGAAGACCCUAAAGAUGACGGUUGCAUUUGCCACUUCAUUUACCGUUUGCUGGACUCCCUACUACGUCCUAGGAAUUUGGUAUUGGUUUGAUCCUGAAAUGGUAAACAGGGUGUCAGACCCAGUAAAUCACUUCUUCUUUCUCCUGGCUUUUUUAAAUCCGUGCUUUGACCCACUUAUAUAUGGCUAUUUCUCUCUGUAACUGUCAGACUACAUAGGAAAUCAUGUAAAGAGAGCAAGAUAAUGAAUUUCACCUUUGGGGAAUGAUCAACACAAAGCAUAUUGCAGUACAUUUACAUAUAAAAGAA